CAGAGGAAGAGAGAGAGAGAGUGAGAGAGAGGCGUAUAAAAUGCCAGGAAACCGGUUUUCGGGAUUCGGUAACGGCGUUUUCUGGUUUUCUGCGGAGAAAAGAGAAGAUUUUCUAGAGCGGCGGAAAGCGGUUUUCUGACUGGGGAGACGGAAGCCGGUUAGUGGUUUUGGAAGCUGGAGCGGUACCUACGGCGGUUUCCCGAUCGAACGACCGUUUCGCGGAGCCGAAGCGGCGAGGUUUCAUUAAUUUCGAAAAGUAAAAAACCGUCGAUUUCCCUCCGUACAUAAAUGGGGUAGCGAUUGCAGUGCACAGCAGCGGUUUUCAACUUCCCCUCGAGCGGUUUUCUCUGCGGAAUCGAGCUUCUGAGAGCGGUUUCAUGGCUUACAGUGACAGUUUCCGGAGUUCCUCAAAUCUUACGAGCGAGCGGACGAAUACAGAUUGUAUAGGAGUCGAUCAGCUGUAUGAAGAGCUGUGGAGAGCUUGUGCGGGUCCUUUGGUUGAUGUUCCGAAGGAGAGAGAGAGGGUUUACUACUUCCCCCAAGGCCAUAUGGAGCAGUUAGAAGCAUCGACAAAUCACGAAUUAGGUCCGCAGAUUCAUUUGUUUAAUCUCCCUUCGAAAAUCCUUUGCCACGUCGUUAACAUUCAGCUAAGGGCGGAACCUGAAACCGACGAGGUUUAUGCACAAAUCACUUUGCAACCAGAUCCUGAUCAAAAUGAGCCAAGGAGCCCUGAUCCAAGCCUUCCAGAGUCUCCGAGGCCUGUGGUUCGAUCAUUUUGUAAAAUUUUAACAGCUUCUGAUACAAGUACCCAUGGCGGGUUCUCUGUUCUUAGAAGACAUGCUACUGAGUGUCUUCCUUCAUUGGACAUGUCCCAGCAAACGCCGACUCAGGAGUUGGCUGCCAGGGAUCUUCAUGGUUUUGAGUGGCGUUUUAAGCAUAUUUUCAGAGGGCAACCCCGUAGACAUUUGCUCACUACUGGAUGGAGUACGUUUGUCACUUCUAAGAGAUUGGUUGCUGGUGAUGCCUUUGUUUUCCUGAGAGGGGAGGAUGGAGAGUUACGCGUAGGUGUUAGACGCCUUGCUAGGCAGCCAAGCACUAUGCCAUCGUCCGUGAUAUCCAGUCAGAGCAUGCAUCUAGGAGUUCUUGCCACAGCAUCUCAUGCCAUUAUGACUCACACACUUUUCACUGUUUACUACAAGCCCAGGACAAGUCAAUUCAUUAUAGGCUUGAACAAGUACUUGGAGGCUGUUAAUAACAGGUUUUCUGUUGGGAUGAGAUUCAAGAUGCGAUUCGAAGGGGAAGAUGCCCCUGAGAGAAGGUUUACUGGCACUAUAGUUGGGGUUGGAGAGGCUUCCUCACAAUGGCUGGAUUCUGAAUGGAGAUCUUUGAAGGUUCAAUGGGAUGAAGCUGCUGCUGUUCCACGUCCCGAUAAAGUCUCUCCAUGGGAAAUAGAGCCUUUUGUUGCUUCCACACUGUUAAAUCCAACACAACAGGCAGUGAUGAAGAACAAGCGGCCCCGGCCAUCAGUGGAACUCCCAGUCACUGAACCUAGUUCAGGAUUUUGGUACCCUGGAAUAACUCAAUCCCAUGAUGUGAGUGCAUUGAGGCAGAAAGAAAUCAAGGGAAAUGUUAUGAACAGCAGCAUCGUGCAGGGUGCGGUGGUGCGACCAGAGGCCUGGUUGAAGGAUAUCCAUGCUCCAUUCACAAACAGGCAGGAAUGCCUUUCUUCCCCUACAAGGGUCUCUCUGAAGCUGUUUCAGGAUGCAGACAAAGAGCAUAAAACGGUCACUGUAUUGCCAGUUACCUCGGGCUAUUCAACUACCGACCACCCUCUAAAUCCCACUCCCUGCUCAAUUUCGCAUUUGGCAGAGGAGGGAAAGAGGCCCGAGGCUCGUAACGGGUGUCGGUUGUUUGGAAUCGAGCUGAUUGACAACUCAAACAUUUCGCCAGCGGCUGAUAGAACGUUGGCCAGUCCAGUUAAGAUCUCCACUGCUAUAACAAAUGAUGAAUUUGUUAAGGCUACUGCAUCUGCCGCUGAUUCCGAUCAGCAGUCAGGACUUUCAAAGGCUUCGAAAGAGAGAAAGCAAGGUUUACAGAUAUCCCCAAAGGAGGUCCAGAGCAAGCAUAGUAGUUCAACAAGGAGUCGAACCAAGGUUCACAUGCAAGGGAUUGCAGUUGGGAGAGCUGUGGACCUAACUGUGAUGGAAGGCUACGAUGAAUUGAUAAUGGAGUUGGAGCGUAUGUUUGAGAUCCACGGCGAGCUUCAUCACCGCAACAAAUGGGAAGUUGCGUUCACUGACGAUGAAGACGAUAUGAUGCUUGUGGGCGAUGAUCCAUGGCCGGAAUUCUGCAAGAUGGCAAAAAAGAUUUUCAUUUAUACAUGUGAAGAAGUGAAGAAGAUGAAUCCAAGAAACAAGCUUCUCUCAACAGUCGAGGGGACUGCAAGCAUUGAUUCAGAGCUGAAAUCCGAGACAUAAAUUUGUGGUGACGGUUCGUUCUCCAUUUUCCUUCUUCAGUGGGAGAGGAGAUUAGAGAGGGGCGAGGACGUGGGCAGCGGUUAAUAUCGAGCUCGGUUUUUUAGAGCUAUAGGUUGUGGAAGGGUAAAACAAACCAGUGAACUGAGGGGGAGAGGUAGCAGCAGUCGUUUCUAUCUUUAGGAAUUUAGAAAAAGGGAUCACAAUUUGUGAAUAGAUGGGGUUGGUUUUUCUCUUUUUUCUUUUUUCUUUUUCUUUUUUUUUUUUUUUUUUUUGUUGUUGUUGUAAAUACGUGCUUGAUGUAGUUCUUUGUGAGUGGCAAUGUAGAAGGUCUGUUUUCUCA